GGCGGUGCUAGGCUGAGCACUCCUCGGUCACCCUCCUCUUAGGGGCCCUACAUCCAGGGGCUGCGAUGGCGGCGGCAGCGCUGAUGGAGCCGGCGCAGGGCUGUGUGACCUUUGAGGACGUGACGAUUUACUUCUCCCAGGAGGAGUGGGGACUCCUUGAUGAGGCUCAGAGACUCCUGUACUGCGAUGUGAUGCUGGAGAACUUUGCACUGAUAGCCUCGCUGGGACUUACAUCUUUCAGGUCUCACAUAGUUGCCCAACUGGAGAUGGGGGCAGAGCCCUGGGUGCCUGACCAAGUGGACAUGACAUCAGCCAUGGCAAGAGGGGCAUAUAGAGGUCCUGGCUCAGAUUUUUUCUGCAGAACAGAGUGUGAGGAGUCACCUGCUGAGCUUAGUGUUUCUGUAGAAGUGUCACAGAACAUGAACCCCAAGGAGGUCCCAUCCACCCAGAAGGGCCACUCCUGUGACCUGUGUGGCCUACACUUAAAAGACAUUUUGCAUCUGGCUGAACACCAGGCAACACAUUCCAGGCAGAAACCACAUGUGUGUGAGGCAUAUGGGAGAGAGUCCAAGUUCAACACCAACCGUCACCAGCCACAGAUGCAGCAGAAUGUGGGCACGCGUAUUGGAAGGAAUGAAGGCAGGGCCUCACUUGUGAAGAGCUGCAGAGAUGACACAUCAAAGAAACCUUUCACACUGAGGGAGGGUGGGAAGGCCUUUGUGGCCAGAUGUGGUUUUCUCCAGCAUCAGGUCACUCCCUGUGUGGGGGAGCCACACCAGAGCUCUGAAGGCAUGGUGGAUUUUCCCACUGUGCAAUGUCAUAAUAAAUGCGCUGAAUUUGAGAAUGCUCUCAGUGACAAACCCUCACUUUUUCAACAGAGAACCCACACUGGAGAAAGGCCUUAUGAGUGCAGCAAAUGUGGGAUACUCUUCAGCUAUGCUGCUGGCCUCUUUCAACACCAGAGAGAUCACAAUCGAGGAAAGCCUUAUGAGUGUGGUGAAUGUGGGAAGUUCUUUAGCCAGCACUCCAGCCUCAUCAAACAUCAGAGAGUUCACACAGGUGAAAGCCCUCAUGUGUGCAACGAAUGUGGGAAAUUCUUUAGUCGAAGCUCCAAUCUUAUUCAACAUAAGAGGGUGCACACUGGAGAAAAGCCUUAUGAGUGCAGUGAAUGUGGGAAAUUCUUUAGCCAACGCUCCAACCUCAUUCAUCAUAAGCGGGUUCAUACUGGCAAAAGUGCUCAUGAGUGCAGUGAGUGUGGAAAAUCCUUUAACUGCAACUCCAGCCUAAUUAAACACUGGAGAGUUCACACUGGAGAAAAACCUUAUAAGUGCAACGAAUGUGGGAAAUUCUUUAGCCACUUUGAUGGACUUGUUCAACAUCAUAUAGUUCACACUGGUGAACGACCUCACAGGUGCAGCGUGUGUGGGAAAGCCUUCAGCCGAAGCUCCGACCUCAUGAAACAUCAGCGAGUUCACACUGGUGAACGGCCUUAUGAGUGCAGUGAAUGUGGGAAACUGUUUAGCCAAAGCUCAAGCCUCAAUAGCCAUCGGAGACUUCACACUGGUGAACGGCCUUAUCAAUGCCCUGAAUGCGGGAAAUUCUUUAGCCAACGCUCCAGCUUCAAUAACCAUCGGAGACUUCACACUGGUGAGCGGCCGUAUGAGUGCCUUGAAUGUGGGAAAACCUUCAGACAAAGUUCUAAUCUGAGGCAGCACCAGAAAGUUCACAAACCAGAUAAGCCAUAUAAGUGCAAUGAAUGUGAAAAAGCCUUCAGCCAAAGGUCUACCCUCAUCCGGCAUCAGAAAAUUCACACAAGAGAAAGGAGUUCAGAGAAUGUGCUCCCUCCUUCUUUGGCACAACAGCACCCACUAGAAAUUAACUCUGAGAGUGGUCUUUAUGAGGGAGCUGUCAGCCAGAAGUUGAACCUUGUUCAUCCAAAUAUCUUCACUGGAGAGAUUCCCAAUAGAUGCUAG